AUGAUGCGCUGUCUCGAUGCCCAUCAAGCUUGUACAGAAUGCAGUUCCCCAGACCAACCUGAAAGUGUUCCUGUGAAGAAUGGAGGGAAAGGAGGCAAUGCCAAACUCAUGUCCCUUCAGAAGAACAAAGUGCUUUGCUUGGAGGACGACAUCAGAGUAGGCAAAUCUGAAACGCCACCAGUGCAACUGAACGAAGGAGGGGUCACAACUGAUGUGGACUCCAGUAGUCUCGUGGAGCAUAAAGACUAA